UCAUAAUGGUUUGUGUUGGCACAGAUGUAACACUGACAUUUAGCUGACAUUUCAAAAUUAACCAAAAUAAAUACAAAUGGCAACAAAAUCCGUAGCUACUGCGACAGUCCGCGCUGUGAAACGUAAACUUCUACCAUCCAGGGCAGCUCUGGUUCUUACACCAAGGGCUGUUUCAAGAAUUAAGGAAAUUUUACAAGAUAAAAAUGAAUAUAUAGGUUUAAAAAUUGGUGUUAGACAACGAGGUUGUAAUGGCCUGUCAUACACGCUGGACUAUGCAACAAAUAAAGAAAAAUUGGAUGAAGAAGUGAUACAAGAUGGGAUUAGGGUGUUUAUAGACAAGAAAGCACAACUUACUCUAUUAGGAACUGAAAUGGAUUUUGUAGAGAAUAAAAUUAGUUCAGAGUUUGUAUUCAAUAAUCCCAAUAUAAAAGGUACCUGUGGAUGUGGAGAAUCAUUUAGUGUAUAGUAAAACAAAGUGAACUAGUCAUUUGUAUAUAGAUAUUUAUUGAAUAAUAAAAUUAGAAGUUAUCUUAA